CAGCAGGGGGAAUUUUGUUAUUGCACAAGCAGGUUUGUUACAGAAUCGAAGACAAUAUAUAACAGACAUGGACAUUGUUUACAAGAAGGAAAGAAUGAAGGACACCACUUUAUUUCGAGAGUAUACAUUUUAUAAUACUUCUACAGACUUCAGAAAUGAUCCGAAUCAACAACACCCAAUACUUCAACUUCCUGCAGGAUGCAGAUACCUUACGUCGCUCAGGAUCCCUCUGUGACGCUAUCAUCUCGGUAAAGAGUCAAAUUUUUAAGGCUCAUCGGCUAGUACUAGCUUGUGCUAGCAGAAGACUAGCGCAGCAGCUAGCCCAGGCAGACACAGACAGCCCAGUCCACUUCACUCUUGAGUAUUUCUCACCCCGCACCUUCCAGCAAGUUCUGGACUUCACCUACACACAGACUCUGGAGGUGACUGAAGGUGACCUGCAUUUACUGCUUAGAGCUGCUCAGCUCUUGGAGAUGCAGCUGCUGGAGGACCAGUGCCUGAAGCAGCUGGGGAAACUCAACUACAGAGAAGUGGAGGCUGAAAGAAGAGAAAUCCCAUCUUUAAAAGAGGAAGAACAAGAUAUAACUGCAGAGAAGAACAGCCAAAAGCAAUCAAGUCCAGUUCAGGAGGAGAAACUCCAAGAGACUUCUUCCCCAGUGGAGGAGGCAAACGAUUGCAUUGUCAUGGAGAACCUCUCACCCUGUGAUCCUGCUAAGAACCCCAAAAGUCUGCCACCACAAAGGAAGAAGCUCAAACGCCCCCCCGUGUUAGAAACAUCCCUUAACAGAGAUCGUGUUAACAACAGGCCUGCCAGUAACAGCUCCACCAUCUCCUCUCCAUGGACAUUUCCAACAAACAUGUGGAGCUCUGUGAGCAACCUGAGGCGGAUAGCAGGGAACUAUUCAAGCUUAAUUGCAGCUCACCCUCUUCGGUCCCAGAGCCCAUCCUCCGUUGCAUACCCAUUCCCCCUCUCCACCCCCCACAUGUUCCCCCUACUCGGAACUCAUUUUCAAAACCCUGUUCACAGCUCUGUAAUGAGCUACUCAAGCUUUCAUCCAAGUUAUACACAAAACCUUUACGCCCGAUCUACAGGGGUGGGGAGCUUAACCAAGCAAGGCCUCUUGAAAAAAAAAAAGAACAGCCAGAGAGCGUUUACUGGGACCAGUCACACUGGUGAGCGGAGUUACCAUGAGGUACCCAAAGCCAGCAGAGAGAGGGUUAAAGACUGCCAACGCUGCAGUACCAACCUCCAUGAUAAUCCAACGCAGCGGGAGCCAGCCCCCACACCAACGGGUGAGGCCUUUGCAGGAUGUCAUGUCUUUAGAAGAGGAGAUUUGGUGCAGCAUGAACCACAUUCCCAUCAACAAGAACACAAAGGAGAAAAACCCUACCAGUGCCAACACUGCCCAAAGAAGUUUAGUCUGAAACAUCAACUGGACACACACCAUAGAGUUCACACCGGAGAGAAACCCUUCGAGUGUCGUCUCUGUAGUCAACGCUCACGGGACUACUCAGCCAUGAUCAAGCACCUGCGGACUCACGGUGGGGCCACACCCUACCAGUGCACAGUGUGUCUGGAGUUCUGCAAUAGCCUGGUCUCCAUGCAAAGACACAUCAAGAGCCACGCAGUGCAGGACUUCCCUCCUAACUGGAGCAUCAACAGCACAUACCUGUACAUCUCACACAUCUGAGCCUCACAACACAAACACUUCUUCAGCACUUCUUUUUAGUUCUCAUUAGUGUAGCUUAAGGUUUUGCCUCUAAUGUGUUAUCAUUACUUUUUAAUAAAAGCUAAGCAGUUGUUAGUUUUGAAAACAACCUUUGACAACACUUAUCACUGUUAUAAAGUUAACAAUACACGAGAGGCACACACAGGGGCUCUCCCAGGUGUUGCAAUAACUUCUGUACAAAGUGAAACUGCCCUGUAUUGACAUUCAUGAUCAUAUGACAAAGAGAUGCUGCACUAAUUUCCAAUAACACGUCUGCAAAGGUACUGAAAGUGUUUACCAUGUUACAUUAGGUCAUGGAUGUGCAUUAAAGUCACAUCAACAGCUCGUCCUCCCCAAAUGACGCAGGCACCUUCCUUCUUACUUUCAUAAUUAUUGGGCUGCUUGUGUUAACUUUUGGAAGUAUGUUGACCUAGGUUUAUAGCUCCCUCAUGAGGGCAACCACUGUAACAAAUGUGAUUGUUUUCUGUAGCACUGCUCACAAAGGAAUCAGCAUGUCAAAAUGGGGAAGUGGCUGAGGUAUUGUGUAUGCAGCUGGAUAAAAUUCACGUUUCCUUAAAUGAUGGAACAUUUUAGCAGAUGUGUUGACAGAUUUAAAUCAAAUACCUAUAUUGCAUUACCCCUUCAAUUAAAAUGUAUCUCUGUGAGAAACAAAAGUCCAGCAUUUAAAAAAAAAAAAUGUAAUUUUCAGUAACUAAUGUGGGUUGCUGGCAACAAUAUACUGCGUGGAAACUACCUACCAUACAUUUUGACAAACAUUACACACGUCAUGUGACUGAAGAUGUUCCAGAAGUCCUCUUAGCAUAUUUAUGCAUGCAGUAUGAAACCAUUCACAUGUCUUUCAGAAGAGCCACUGAAAGCUAUUAGUUUAUUUGUACAGUAUUAUUUUAAUGUGAGUGGGGUAGAAAAUAAAGAAAUGCUUGACUUGAUUUUCAUUUAAAGGCUUCAAUGGAUCAAUAUACCAUGUUUUAAACUAUGCUUCAAAUAAACAACUUUAACAGCCG